AUGUCUUCCCCCUUUCACUCCUUCCACCCCAUCGACCUAGGAACCCCGUACCACGACCCCACAUCACCGCUGUACACGCACUCGCUCCCCCGGUCCAAAAUGCCCACCACCGCCAACUCGGCCUCGGACGCGGACUACUUCUCGCACAAACCCCGCUCCUUUUUACCGCGCCACACCGAUCGUGACGAGAAACUCGCAGCCCCGACGUCCUCCCUCGAGACACAGCACCGUGGUCGUCGGCCCUGGAGGCUGUUGGGCUACUGCACGCCCGCCCAGACACCGGCGCUGCACGAUUCCGCCAUUUCGUCGUCGAUGCUCUCGUCGGUAUGCGCAGGCAUCGGUGGCCCCCGGGUUCCGCGCACCCGCACGCUUGUGCGCUUGCUGGCGCUGGGUGCGCUCGCCUUCUUCGCUACGCUGGGCUGGCGCUGCGAGGCUGUGGGGUGUAAAGGGCGCGCGGGCGGGGCGCUGGUGGGGGAGUUUGUGGGUGGCGGGAGUGUGGUGGAUGGGUGGGAUCGGGGGCGGUGGUCGUCUUGGGGAGGUGAGAGCGUGGAUGGGGUGGCUGCUGUCUUUGCUUCUGCUGGCGAGGGUCAAGACGAGGAGGGCGAGGGCGAGACUGAGAAUGGCGAGUUGGUAGAGUGGGAUGACGAGGAGGGAGGGUUUGGAAAUGAAGAUGUGUCGGACUGGGACAAAGUCGAAGACGAAGACGAAGACGAAGACGAAGACGAAGUCGAAUACGAAGAUGAAGUUGAAGACGAAGUCGAAGACAAAGUCGAAGACAAAAACCAGGACAAGGUCAAAGACGAAAGCAAACUCAAGACUGAAAACGUACAACCAGAAGACGUACAACCAGACCCAGUUCCACAACCACAAAACAGUCCCCAACCACCCACCCCCACCGGUCCCGUCGGCGAACUCACCGGCCCCAUCCCAAGCGCCGCUCCAGCCACCACCGCACAAGCAGCCGCAGCAGCCGCAGCAACCGCAGCGCAGGAAGCGCUACCAGAAGAAGCGACCAAGCCGGAAGAAGCCAAGCCAGGAAACACCAGCGACGCCCACGACGACAGCAGCCCAGACACCGCGACUCCCCCGCGUGACGACGUGUCUACCUCUGACGACAGAGCGGCAGGAGUCGGCGCGCCGUCACCGUCGUGGGCGAGGAUCGUGGAUCUAGGACUGUGGUAG